AUGGAUUACGCUCGCUUAAGGGCCGAUGCCCUCGCCAGCACUGUGGCCGAAGAGGCCGUGACAGUCGAUACGAGAGCCCUCAUCGACAAAGUUCUCGCCAGAUACUCGGGAGAAUGGACCACCUUGCGAGAACUCAUACAAAACGCCGCUGAUGCGCAAGCCGAAUCCGUCGUCGUCAAAUUCGAGACGAUGCCCUCGACCUCGGUGCCACUGCCCUCCCCGCCGACUCCGUCCGAGCUUCUCAAACACGCCGUGAUGCAUAACAAGGUCAAGCGUUUGGUUGUAAGGAACGACGGCCAGCCUUUUACAGACACAGAUUGGGGUCGCCUAAAGCGUAUCGCGGAGGGUAACCCGGAUGAGACCAAGAUUGGCGCCUUUGGCGUCGGUUUCUACAGCGUCUUCGCCGACUGCGACGACCCCUUUGUCACCUCGGGAGACGAGAGCAUGGCGUUCUACUGGAAGGGCACCUCGCUCUUCACAAAACGAUCGCAGCUGCCCGUUGAGCAGCGCUCGCGCAGCACCACCUUUGUACUCGAUUAUCGCACAAACGACACACCGGUGCCCAAUCUACUGUCUGUCGCCCAGUUCCUGGCCACCAGUCUUACGUUUGUCGCUCUGCAGAAGAUGGAAUUCUGGAUCGACGACUGGAAGGUGCUAUCCUUGCACAAGAAGAUCUCGCCCAGCGUCCCCGUCUCCGUAUCGAGAAACUUUGACACCACGACCCAGGACGGCAUGAUGACGGUAGCAAAUGUAGAGCGCACGAGCACACAGAUCGACGCUCAGUACAUGGUGGCCGUUGGCUGGAGGCCCAAGACCGUCCUGGAGAAGACGACGGAGGCCUUUGGUGGCCAGAUUACGGAUGCCCCGUUGAUCAAGAGCUUCUUUGCUAGAUUCUCCUCCUCCACUUCCCAAUCAGCGCAAAAGGCCAAGGCUAAGGCCGAGGAGGCGGCGGCGCAGGCUGUUGCCUCGGACGACGUCACCGAAGUCAAGACGAGUAGCAUCUUCCUCAGCGUCACGUCGGCACAAAUCCGGACCAAGACGACUGGUGCCGGGCUGCACAUCUCGGCGCCGUCCGUCAUCCCCACCGUCGAGCGGGAGGCCAUUGAUUUGAAUGCCCGCUCCGUCAAGUCGUGGAACAUUGAGAUGCUUCGCGCCGCUGGUAUCAUGACUCGCAUAUCCUUUGCCGAUGAUAUGGAGCGACUCUCCCAGCGCGUCAAGGCCUCCAUCCCUCAGGGUGGCAAGCUCACGAGCAAGGAAGUGGCCCAGCACCUACCCGAGGCGAUGCACGUCUUCAAAACGUACACGUUUGAGGACUCUACGCCGAGCCAAAAGGUUGGCUCCUACAUUGACGAGGCGUUUUGGAUGGCCUACAAGGACGUCAACUUCCACAUCUACUCCACUCGCGGUGUAGAAACCUCCACCAAGGUUCGCAUCCCCUCUGACGAGCUGGGCCAGUUCAUUGAUGGCCUGCCCGUGGUGCCCAAGGAGAUGAUGGACAUUGUAUUUUACAAGAAACUUAUCGACUACGGAGUCAUCAGCUCCAUCACGCUUGCGGAUAUUCGAGGCGAGCUGAAUGGAAAGGCGAUGACCAAGACUCAGUUGACAUCCUUUAUCAAGUGGGCAGCCAAGAUGGCGCUCAACGGUAGUCUGGACCGAGCUACCGCGAAAAGUCUCAUUGAGGUCGCCGUCGCUACCGUCGAGGACGAGAACGGCAGCCAAGGAGGGGAACUUUCGGCGCUUGGGUGGAGCUCGCUCGAUAUCCUGCCGUGGGUAGAGUACCUCAUACAAACGGCGGGCCAGCGUUCGGACAACGUCAAUGUGACCAAGUCGGCCGACUUCUCCAAGCAGGUGCUGGUCGUGGUUGGCAAGAACUGGGACCAGUUGUCUCCCGGCUCGAAAGAGGGCCUUGUGUCCUUGCUUCGGCAGCAUACCGUUAUCCCCACCAAAUUUGGCAUGCGCAAGCCCGAGGAAUCAUUCUUUCCUUCUGUCAAGCUCUUCGACGAUCUCCCAGUGAUCGACGGCCUCGGGCAGGUUGCUCUCCCCAAGGAGGGAGAGCAAAAGUGGAGUCAUGUUGAGCUCAUCAAGUACCUCGCGUCCGUCCGGAAUGACAUACCGACCAAGGAUAUGAUAAAGCUCAAGGCUUCCGCCAUUUGCCCCGCCGAGAGCGGGCCCAAGGGCAUGGAGCGCUUCAAGUCCUCCACCAAGCUUUACAAAGUAGCGGAACUCUUCGAACCCCAAGACUCGCUGCGCAGCCUCAACCUGCCAACCCUGUACUGGCCCGGCGCCCUGCCGGCGCGCAGCAUCGAAGCGCAGUUCCUCUCCGCGCUCGGGCUGCGGGACCGCCCCACGGCGAGCGAGCUCGUCGGCAUGAUGGCCUCGGACGACGCAGAGCUUCGAGAAAACGCGAGGACGUACUUCAUUUCCAAGCAUGUGGUCAACGGCUACUCGGCCUCCUCCUUUGCCGACACAAAUUUGGCCAUCCUGCCCCUCGAGGGAGACUCCAAGACCCUUGUGCCCCCUCGGGGUGCUUUACGGAUGAGGAGCGGCGAUUUUGGGUUUCAAGAAAUUCGGCGUUGCUCGGUCGCCCCCAUUACGGAGUGUGUCAAGAGACUUCUCGCGCAACCACCGCUUGACACCGCCCAGGCUAGUCAGCUUUUCGGCUACUUUGCCCAGCGCCUACCGGAUAUCAAAGAGCCUCUUAUCUCGAGGCUUAGAAAUGCGGCCAUCAUCCCCAUCAAGCCACAAAGCGAGAAGGGCAACGUUCGCUUCACGAGCCCUUCGCUUUGUUACCUGGGCGAAGGUUCCACCUAUGCCGAUAUCUUUGAUUUCGUCGAUUUUGGAAGCAACGCCAACGCUUUCCUAUUCCACUGUGGUGCGCGCACGGAGCCCACGAAGCUUGAGCUAGCCGAGCGCGUGUGCCAGGAGCCCGCGCGACUCCUGGGCAUGCUGCAGGUUGAUAGGUACCUCAACCUUUUGCGAACACUUGCCCAGAGCGCGUCCCAAAUCAAGAAGGACAAGGCGCUCUGGUCGAAGCUCCAGACAUCCAAGUGUUUACUCGCCUCCAGAACCACGACUGCCCUGGUAGGAGAUGCGGAUGCGGACGAGGACGAGACGGAGAUGAGGCACUUCAGGAUAUUCAAGGAGUUACUUCUCUGCGCGCCCGAGGAAGAGAUGCUAGAAGACUUUUAUUUGAUGCUGGGUGCGCGCCGGCUAAGGAGCCUCGUCCAAGAAGAUCUCAAUAUGGGGUCCCCGGUCAACAGGCCAGAUUCUGCAGCCAAAAUUCACAAACGCGUGCUGGAGCGCACCAAGAUUUUCCUCCACGAGUAUGCUAGCGAAAAGAAGGAGAUCAUCAAGCACGAUGGAAAGUGGCUGGAUAAGAACCUCCAGGUUGUCAUGGUCCAGUCGAUCUCCCUCCGCCGACGGCUGGCAAACUACCCCAAAUCUCACACUGAAAAGAGGUCGGCUGCUAGCAAGGAAGACCGAAACGGUUGCGUUCUCUACGUCACCACCGACGGCAAACCCGACAUGUACCAGAUUGGCCAGGCGCUCUGCCAGCUGAUCCUGACGCGGCACAACCACCAGUCGUACACUUUCUUCGAGCCCCUUCUCACCCUGGACCUGCUGAGCCUGCGUUCUCGCGGCUACAAUGUGGAGAGGAUCUUGAGGGCCAAGGCCGCAGAGGCCAGGAUCGCCGAGGAGGAGCGAGCCAAGGCUCUAGAGGAGGAGAUGAAGCGCGUCCGUGAGAGGGAGGCCAAGUGGCGCGAGGAGGCCAGCCUCAUCUCGGCGAGGAGCAGCAGCAAGCCCAAGAAAUGGAUUCUCAGCGGGCUGUCCAAGCGCAAGUGGACAACCUGCCUAGCAUGCCGGGGGCGUUUGGCGACGACCUCCUCCGAGCCCGCCCGACCAAAGAGGGGCAAGGGACUCUUCUCGAACUGGGCGAAGCGUUUCCUCGAUUCUGGGGAGCGAGACGAAGACCAGGCCGCAGCGGGGCCCAGCACGCCCUCGGAUGGUCAACAGCAGCGACAGCAACAGCAGCAGCAGCAGCAGCAGCAGCAACAAAACGGCCAGCAAGAAGGGAGGGUCACGAACCCGGCCCUCGUGAGCCAGAACCUCCUCAACGCGAUCAAGGCGUCGCGCCCGUUUGGCUCCAACGAGGUCUUUUCGCAGCCGACCAUGACGGAGGUGCAGGAGCAGCGAUCGUACUGCGAUACCACGCAGGGCUACAAGCUCGUGUGCGUGGCGGAAUCGGCGUCGGGCAUGAAGAUCUACGCCGACAAGGACGUGGAGGAACCGGGCACCUUCUUCUCCCAGAAUAGCGGGGCGCUCAACGCCUUCUCGGUGCUGCUGCGCGACGUGGCCGACGUGUACAAGGUCUCGCACCGGGUCCUCCACAUCUUUUACGACAAGGCGGGCGGCACCAUCGCGUUCAACAUGAGCGGCAGUCUCUUCUUCAACUUUCGCUUCUUCUUGCAGCUGCACGCCAGCACGGUCGGCUCGUCUCAGGGCCGGGCGGACGCUGCGAUGUGGUGGUGGGUUGUCAUGGCGCAUGAGCUCGCGCACAACUUGGUCAGUGUGCAUAGCGCCGAGCACAGCUACUACACCGAAUCCUUCAUCCAGGAGUACUUGGUGCCGUGCAUCACCAAGCUCGGACAGUGGUCCGCUAGCUCUGUUCCCGCGGGCCCUGGCGCCCCGACUGCUCUUUCUCCGGCACCGCCGCAACGGCAGGCGGCCAGCGCGCAGAUUCUUCCUCCGCCCCCGUAUAGCGAGCGGCCGGCGGUGCGAAGACCGCCCAAUAAUCUCCUCGAUUAG